ACAAAAGAACAGAUCAACAAGCAAUGCAAGCAGAAUAAGGGGCAUACAUCUGAAAACAAGUAUAAGCAAUACAAGCAAAAUAAGCUAAGGAAGUCCAAUGAGAAGUGUUUUCCACUGCAAACAACCCCUCAAAAACUUCGCAUGAGCGUCAAGUUACUAACUAAAACAAUUGCACAAUAUUUUUCCACCCUUCAUACUUCUCAUAAAUCCACACUACAAAAGGACACACCAUCCUCAACAUUAUUCAUCAACAAUUAACAACAUCUAUUGAUAUUAACGCAACACCAAGAACAAGAUAAGAGCAGGAGCAAGAGCAAGAUGGCCUCAACUCAACCCAACUUCUACUUCCCACACUUCCCUCCUCCACCUUCCCACCCUUACAACCCUCCAACACCACCUUCCCACCCCUUUAACCCUCCACCAACACCCUCCCAUUACUUCAAAUCUCCACCACCCCCCUCUCACUCAUUUGCUCCUCCUCCACGAGGACACCCUUCACCACCACCAUCAUCACCACCACCGCCGUCGUCUCAUCCAUUCACUCCUCCACCACCACACGUGCGCCCCCCGCCAUCACCACAUCACCCUAUCACUCCUCCUCCGCACGUGCGUCCACCCCCACCCCCACUCCCACCCUCACCCUCUCCAAACCACCACACAAUCAUAGUGAUCGUGGUGGUCUCAGUAGGCGGCCUCGCCUUGCUUUCGAUGCUCGCCUUCGCGCUUUUCUGCUGCUUCCAGAAGAGGACGCAUAAGAAGAAGAAGACACAAGAAACCGAGGUGAUUCAUUUCGAUGAGCACAAAACCGUCAAGGAAACCAUUUUGCCUGGUCCUUUCGGACAGAAAACUGUAGUGAUAACAGUUGAAGAUGAUGUGCACGUUGAUGAAGAAAUCAGGAAGAAUGAGGAAGUAGUUGGCCAUGGCCAUGGCUUACAUGAUGCCAAGACAUCAUCAUCAUCACCAAUUACUGAAGCAGAACAAGCUGGCAACACUUCUAGUACAGUUGAGGUGGCAACUGCUUCUUCUGAUCCUGAACAUCACCAUGAUCAUCACCUAAUUCACAAGCAUGAGGAGAACAAGCCCUCUGAUUGAAGAAUAAUUAUGAAUAUAUGUUCCCACACGAGAAUAUUCAAGGACUCCCAACAAGGAUCUAAAUUACUUUGGUGAAUAAAAUAUAUCCUUCAUUUGUUUGUUUGUUUAUAUUUUUUUCCCUCAUGGUGUAUUAUUUCAAUUGUUAAAUUUCCUUCCAUCUUGAUGAUAACAGUACUUUGUAAGUGUGACUUGAAAUAUACGAAGUUAAUUAUUUCUUUUA